AUGGGCAUCUUUUCGUGCUCGGUGGCUCUCGACAACAUAGCGACAAAGCUGCAACCGCACAGUUGCUACUCCGUCCAGCGACUGCGCCGAUUAAAGCAAUACACGGAAACUCGUACGCUAUGCCGACUUCUAGCCGUGUGCGUUCUCACCCCAAUACCCUGCGUUGCGCUAGCUACUCUCAUCGAGUCCGCCCCACUUGCGUCUCCAUCAGCGGGUCCGUACAAGAACUUUGCCUUUUGGGCUCGAGCCACGAUUGUCGUGUACUUUGUGGAUUACUCCGUGCUGCUGCAAAUGAGGCAAAGUUUAUCACGGCUCAAGAUGGAGCACCGCCAUAUCGUGGCAAUCGCUCUGGUUGGAAGCGUUAUGUCGUUUGCUACCGUAUUCGCGGUAGCUGUUUGGGUGGCAUUUCCCGUUCCGUUCAGCAUGCUCGUGGCAUCUCCACCCAGUACUUUAGUAGUCGUGAUCGGAUUCAAGUAUGGGUGGGGUCUUCGGUGGAGCGCUGAUGCAGGACUGCGACGUGACCUCGUGCGGCAUAUGCUGGUAUUCAUGUGGCAAGUCAUGCUAACCAUCAUCUACCCGCUGUACAUCUUCGGGUUUACAUCCCUGAGUGGCGUUGGCCAGACACUGUUUGUCAUUUUGUUACCUACCAUUAAAGCUGUUGGAGAAAGUUGGAUCGGCUACAUGCUUGGCGACGACAAUGACAUCAAACCCGAAGUCAUCAUCUUCAACGUGGAGGUUUUUAACGCGCUCUACGUAUCUUGCGCCGUGCAGAAUUCCACAUCGCCUGCUACUACGAUAGCGUUAAUGCUCGUGGAUGUGCUCCACUUCUGGUUUUGCAUGACUGGCACGAUGGGA